AAACCUCCUCUUCUUCAGCACUGCGGCUGUAUAGCAGCAACAUCUCUCUCAGUGAGGGACGUUUCUUAUUAAUCAGGGGCACUGAAUGAAAACCAAUCAGAUAGAGAGUCCCUUUGGCUUCAGCUCCCUGCCUGCCUGAGUUAAAAGUGAUGCUGAGAGAGAGGCAGCCUCAGUUAGAUGCAAGCACACACAGCGCUGGAGAUACAGUACGAGGCAGAACGGAGGAGGCAGGUAGAGAAGCAGCACUGAACGGACAGAGACAGGCUCACGCUGGCAGACACGGUCUUAUUUACAUGAGGAAUAUGAUUUCUGAAAAUUUUGUUCUGCUGAAUUAUUAGAGAAGUGGAGUCUAACAGCAUCUCUGUAAAUGAUGAGGACUUACUCCUUCUUGACAGUUUUGCUUUGGAGCUGUAUGCUUCAUGCUGUUCAUAUGUUGCCAUCACAAAAAAGGACUAACAAGCACUCACAAAGUGAAAGGGUAACAGGAUUAUCAGGGAAUGAUGGAGAAACACUGCACCGCACCAAGCGUGGUUGGAUGUGGAAUCAAUUCUUCUUGCUGGAGGAAUACACAGGUCCAGAUACUCAAUAUGUGGGCAAGCUACACACUGACCAAGAUAAAGGAGAUGGAAAUUUAAAAUACAUAUUAACAGGAGAUGGGGCUGGCAGUCUGUUCAUUAUAGAUGAAAAUACAGGAGAUAUUCAUGCUGCAAAGAAAUUGGACAGAGAAGAAAAGUCCCUGUAUGUGCUACGUGCCAAGGCUAUAGACAGAAAGACUGGAAGACAAGUGGAGCCAGAGUCUGAAUUUAUCAUUAAAAUCCACGAUAUUAAUGACAAUGAACCAAAAUUCACCAAGAACAUGUACACCGCCAGCAUUCCGGAGAUGUCUGGAGUUGGUACAUCUGUUAUUCAAGUGACAGCCACAGAUGCUGAUGAUGCCAACUAUGGAAACAGUGCCAAAGUGGUGUACAGUAUCCUCCAGGGACAGCCAUAUUUUUCAGUGGAUCCAGAAACAGGCAUAAUCAAGACUGCUCUACCAGACAUGAGCAGAGAAAACAGGGAACAGUAUCAAGUGGUCAUCCAGGCCAAAGACAUGGGAGGCCAGAUGGGAGGACUAUCAGGGACUACCACUGUGAACAUCACACUGACUGAUGUCAAUGACAACCCACCUCGAUUCCCCCAGAGCACCUACCAGUUCAGCUCUCCUGAGUCUGCACCACCCGGGACUCCUCUUGGCAGAAUUAAAGCCAAUGACCCCGAUCUGGGUGAAAAUGCAGAGAUUGAGUAUAGCAUCUCUAAUGGGGAUGGAUCAGACAUGUUUGAUAUCGUCACUGACAAGGACACCCGGGAAGGGAUUAUAACUGUCAAAAAGCAGCUGGAUUUUGAAAACAAGAUGUUAUACACCUUAAUAGUGGAAGCAACCAACACCCAUCUGGAUCCUCGUUUUCUUCAGCUGGGGCCAUUCAAAGAUACAGCUCUAGUCAAAAUUUCUGUGGAAGACAUAGAUGAACCUCCAGUAUUCAGCAGACCCUCCUAUUUAAUAGAAGUAGAUGAAGAUGCGAAGGAAGGAAGCAUUAUUGGGCAGGUUGUAGCCCAAGAUCCAGAUAUAACAAAGAAUACAAUAAAAUAUUCUGUGGAUCGACACACUGACCUCGAUAGAAUAUUCAACAUCUAUUCAGGAAAUGGAUCCUUAUUCAUCUCAAAGCCACUUGACCGUGAAGAAACUCCCUGGCACAACAUCACUGUCAUAGCAACUGAAAUCAAUAAUCCUAAACAAAGUAGCCAGAUACCUGUCUUCAUCCGGAUUUUAGACAUAAAUGAUCAUGCACCAGAAUUUGCCAAAUACUAUGAAACAUUUGUUUGUGAAAAUGCAAAAGCAGGACAGCUGAUACAGACUGUGAGUGCAGUUGACAAAGAUGAGCCUCCUCAAGGACACAAAUUUUUUUUUGAAUUGGUGCCAGAAUUUGCUGUUCAUCCAAACUUCUCCAUUGUAGACAACAAAGAUAACACAGCAGGAAUUAUGACUAGAAGAAAUGGAUAUAGCCGUAGUAAGACAAGUACCUAUCUCCUGCCAAUCAUAAUAUUUGACAAUGACUACCCAAUCCAGAGCAGCACUGGCACGCUGACUAUACGCGUAUGUGCCUGUGACAGUCGAGGAAACAUGCAGUCCUGUAGUGCAGAGGCCCUGCUCCUCCCUGCUGGCCUCAGCACAGGGGCACUGGUUGCCAUUCUCCUCUGUAUCAUCAUCCUGCUGGUGUUAGUUGUCUUGUUUGCAGCCCUCAAGAGACAGAGGAAGAAAGAACCUUUGAUCAUCUCAAAGGAUGAUGUUCGGGACAACAUUGUGACCUACAAUGAUGAAGGGGGUGGGGAAGAAGACACCCAAGCUUUUGACAUUGGCACACUCAGAAAUCCAGAAGCAAGGGAGGAAAGUAAGAUGAGAAGAGAUGUCAUCCCAGAAACUAUAUUUCAGAUAAGACGGACUACGCCUCUUUGGGAAAACAUUGAUGUGCAAGAUUUUAUUCAUCGAAGACUAAAGGAAAAUGAUUCAGAUCCAGCUGCCCCUCCUUAUGAUUCACUAGCAACAUACGCUUAUGAAGGAAAUGAUUCCAUAGCAAAUUCACUCAGCAGCCUGGAAUCACUUACCACAGAUGGCAACCAAGACUAUGAUUAUCUCAGUGACUGGGGACCUCGGUUUAAAAAACUAGCAGACAUGUAUGGUGGAGAGGACAGUGACUGAGACUGAAAAAGUAAUCUGUGACCUGAUAAGUGUUAGUGGAAUUCAUGUCGAUGUUACUAGAUAAAGUGGCCUACUCUCUUUUACUUGGGAUUUUUUUUUUUUUUUUUUUAACAAAAAAUAGGUGUUGUCUUAGUAAGGGUUUGCUUAAUUAAGUCAACAGAAAUGAAUAUGAGUGAUUUAGAUUUUUUAAAAAAUCUAUAAUUCACCUUCUCUGCCUAGAAACCUCUGAGGAAAGGUUUUCAUUUACAAUGAAAACACAAUAAAAGGCUUUUUGUGCCUUUAAUAAUUAGAUAGAUUUUUCUUAUUAUUAAGUGUUUUGCUUUACCUUUCUGACUAUCCAGGACAUUGUGCACCCACAUUGUAAUAUAAUCUCAAAAUUAUACUUCAAAAAACAUUAAUAUUACUGUCAUAUUUAUUGAGUUAAAGAAUGUCUGUGUGUUGACUCAUCAUGAUAUUUUUAUAUAUGUAUAUUUAUAUUUUUGUAUUUUUAUUAAAUAAAUUAGUAUUUAUAAAAAUACUAUUUACUCAUGUACUUUGUUAAUUACAAGUUGUCCAAUCUUUAUGAACAAUAGGAAAUUUUUGUGCAAUACUUGAUUUUUGGAUGAAUCGUCUUAUAAUGGAUUAGUGCUUGAAAUGUACCAUGCAAGAACAAUAUGGAGGGAGUGAUCUGUAAUGGGAAUGCAGUGUAGGAAAAAAAAAAAAAA